CGCAACUAGCUAGGAUGGUCACCGCUUCCACUGCGCUCUCCGUCGCCGCCCUGGCGGCGGGCGUGACGCUGAUGCUCGUCGUCCACGUCCUCGUGAUCCUCUGGGCUCUGCGGCGGGGCGCUGCCCAGGCCCCCGGCGCCGACCUGGAGCGUGCCGUGGACGACGCCUGCGGAGGAAAAGGCAAGGGCCUGUCGUCCGAGGAGAUCGAAACGCUGCCGUGCCACGACUUCAAAGCCGCCGUCGGAGGCGGCGGGGACUGCGCCGUGUGCCUGGAAGCGUUCGAGUCCGGCGACCGCUGCAGGCGUCUCCCGAGGUGCGAGCACAGCUUCCACGCGCCGUGCGUGGACUCGUGGCUGAAGAAGAGCCAGUGCUGCCCCGUGUGCCGCGCCGACGUGGUUGACCGGCCCACGGCCGAGGCGGAGGUGGCUGGAGAGGGAGAGGCGCCGGCUCCGGCGGUGGAGAUGGCGGAGAGGACAAACCCCGCCGCGCUGGGGGUCGUCGUCGAAAGGCUGCAACGGUAUAGCUGGGGCCCUCAUGCCGUCACCGUGCUACACUAAGAUUAAUUCGUGUUGUUUGUGCGAGCAGUAAUUAAGCUCUUUCGCAUUUUGCAGUGUGUAUAGUCGUCAAUCCUUUCGAAUGGAAUAUUUGUAUU